AGAGAGUACGCUACGCAUAUCACUCUCCGCUACAGCUGAACAUACAGAAUUAAUACGAAUACGACUUUUGCGAAUGGGACAAAAACAAGGACAUUCACCAUUCGUUCGUACUAUACAUUUCCAUACCGAACCGUGUGACUUCACAAUGCACAAUUAAAUUCUAGCGUGAUUUUGUAUUUUAUUUCUCGGCACAGUUAAGAAAACCUAGUUGAUUUGGAAAACUCUAUUUUCGAGAAUUUCUGGUUAUUUUGAUUCCCAUAUAAUUAAUUAAUGUGAUGAUGGCGACGUGACCUACGGCGUGAAUUUAAUUACCCCCACCCAGCUUAGGUUAGGUGACAACAGAAGGGAGGAGGAAGUAGGUGGCUUUGCGUGGCAACAAACGACGACGGCGACGACUCAUCAUCACCUCGAGGAAUCCCUCAUGGGCUCAAACAACAGUGCGUCGAGAGGAUUGACGACACAGGGAAUUGACGGCUCAAAUAUUUCGAACAAUUCCUCGACCUCCACGAGCAGGGCUACUGCUGCUGCACAUCAGUACAAUACGAGGAGCAGCAGAGGGGUGGUCAACGACAAUAAUAAUAUCGCUGUUGCGGAAGAAGAAGCUAUGGAAUCCGAAUCAGACUCGGACUCUGGUGCGGACAACGGGACGAGCACUAGACGAAUUACCGAGGAUUUAAUCUCAGUGUUUCAAGUCCUGAUUCGCAAUGGCCAAAUUCACAUAAUGAGUUCUGAAGAGGAUUCAGGAGAUGAGAGUUAUUCUCCAACGGCAAACAGAAAAGUGGUUGCUCCACGAUCAGAUUAUGCAGUGGAUACUAGCGUCCUUGAAAAAAAUGACCUGAAGUUAACAAUGGGAAAUGACAUUGCGGGAAAUGAGCAGGGGGACUUUUCACUACCUCGCCUUUUGGCGUCACGUGAGAUGGGCAACAUCUCUCGUUUCAGUGGCUUUGAUAAACCGCACCGCAACCGCCUCAGUGAAACAUUUCUUCCAAAUACAAUAAAUCGUGUGGCUAAUUAUGGAUAUAAAGCCUUUUGUGGAACAUAUUCUAAAAAAGGCGACAUUUUCUUGUGUGCAUCUCAAGAUCGAGCUAUUCGCAUUUACGACACAACGAAUGGAAGAUUUUCAAAGUUCAAAAAGAUUAUGGCGAGAGAUGUUGGAUGGUCUGUCCUUGACACUGCGUUUAGCCCGGACGGACGAUCUGUUAUAUAUUCAAGUUGGAGUGAAUCAUUGCAUUUAUGCAACAUAUACGGUGACGUGGAUCGACACGAGGCCCUUUCUCUCUGCCCAGACAAUAGACGCUUCUGCAUUUUUUCAUUGGCGUUUUCCGAUGAUGGAAGUGAGAUUUUAGGAGGUGCCAACGAUGGAUACCUCUACAUGUACAAUCUUGAACACAACACUAGGGUUUUAAAGCUGGAGGCACACGAAGACGAUUUAAACACAGUGGCAUUUGCCGACCAGUCUACUAACAUACUGUUUAGUGCAGCUGACGAUGGAUUGUGCAAAGUGUGGGACCGUCGUACUCUACGAGAAAGUGAUCCGCAUCCCGUGGGAGUUCUUGCUGGUCAUAUAGAUGGGAUUACAUUUAUUGAUUCGAAAGGGGAUGGAAGAUAUUUGAUAACUAAUUCCAAAGACCAGUCCAUAAAAUUGUGGGAUAUGCGCGUAUUUGCUUCAGAAGAUGCUAUUCAAAACACCAAGCGACUUGUCGCUGAUCAAAAUUGGGACUAUAGAUGGCAAAGAGUUCCGAAAAAGUUAUGCGUCCCUCGCAAACCGAUUGAAGGAGAUGUCAGCGUAAUGACAUACCGUGGACAUAGCGUGCUGAACACACUGAUUCGAUGUCGAUUUUCGCCAGCGUACUCCACAGGACAACGAUACAUUUAUACAGGGUGUGCUGCAGGAAGAGUUGUCAUAUAUGACUUACUGACUGGAAAGAUACAAUCAAUCUUGAGAGGUCACCGUAGCUGUGUUCGAGACGUUUCCUGGCAUCCAGAACGGCCAGAAAUCGUCAGCACGUCGUGGGACAAUACGGUCGGACUCUGGACUUACGAAGGAAACCAUGCUUUGGAAUCGGAUGAAGAAGCCAUCUCGGAGUUGGAAGUUUCGGAUAAUCACUCCUGCAAAAGAUUCAACAGUGGCUUAAGGCGAAGUACACGUUUAGCUGAGAAACGAGCCAGAAGGGCAGAACGACCGACGAUGGCGAACUAAACCUGUGAUAAACCUAUGCAUCAUCUGUACAAUAUUCUGUCUCUUAAAAGACUCCUACCAAAGAUUCAACAUAUUAAUUACUAACGAUUACUUCAAUGUUUUAUGAUAUUGGAUCUACUAGGUCAUCUAAUAUGAUAGUCUAUAUGUAUACACAUACCAACAGCAACCUUUUUAUGAAAUCUAUGCAAGUAUUUAAUAAUCACCGUAAUAUUCAUCGUUAAUGUGUAUCAUUUCUAAACUUGGUGAUACUUUAUAUUUAUAUAUGCAAAUUAUUCUUCGUGCGAAUUAAUAGUAACGUGCUGUUUGCUUGUGAGAUAUUAGAUAUACACGAUGAAUCGUUAUUAAACAUCGACAUACUUAUAUUAUUAUUGUUUUCCUGUAAACAUCGAAUUCUGGCAUACGCAUAAAUACAUACGUUCAUUUACUAAA